AUGGAGCCACCCACCGCCACCGGCGCCGAGCAGGGCGCAUCGCCACCCGCGAACCUCCUGCACGUCCAAUUCAAGAACCCCGAAUACCUCUCCUACCUCUCCUCUCUCCACCUCCAGGCCCUCCGCACCACCACGGCAUCGUCGGCCGCGGGCGGCACGGUCGCCUUCGAUCCGCAGCACCCGCUCACCGAGUACAACGUGCUCGACUACUUUGCCACAUCGCCCUUCUUCGACCGCCGCUCCAACAACGAGCAGAUCCGCAUGCAGAACAUCGCAAACGGCCUCAACCCCAACUCGGCCAUGUCGGCGCACCAGCUCCACGAAGAGCUGCGCCGCUUCACGGGUCUCGAGUUUGUCCUCGUACACGCCAAGCCGGGUGCAGGCGCAGGCGGCGUGUUUGUCAUACAGAGACGCUGGAGGAGCGGGCCGGAUCAGGUCACACCGCUGGCGGCCUACUAUGUCAUCAACGAGAGCAUCUACCAGGCGCCCGAUCUCUAUGGCAUCCUCGCAUCACGGCUGCAAUGCUCCGUCUACGAUCUGCGCGCCAGCCUGACAAAGCAGCGCCACAGCAGGGCCACAUUCAACCCGAGGCGCGGCCACCACGGUCGCUUCAUCCAGCAGCCUCAGCAGGAAGAUGAAGACGAGGCGGAGGACGACGACGAGCGCGAGCACGACGCUGAUAAGCCAGUCGAUGGCCAGCACGACGACAACGACGACAACGAUAACGGCGACGACGACGAUGUCCAGGGCAAGGCAUCACCGUCCAUCGGCAUCGAUGGGCAGCCGCAAAAGCGACUCAGAGCGACCUGA